GGGGGAGCCCCAGCCAUGCUCCAGCCCCAUGGGGGAAGCCUCCCACCCACUCAAGGUUUGGGUGCAAAUGAGGUUUUUUGGGGGGUGCUCGUCCCCCACCUCAAAAAAACCCUUGCCUACCUUCAGAAAAGCUGUUCUGCAUCACCAGCAGCAAAUCAGCAAUACCCCACACCCCCUGGACUUUGGGGAUCCUAUAUGGGUACCAGCAUCCCCAUACACCCAGUGCAUCCCAGUUUGGUGGCUGGGAGGGUGGGUCCCCGUUGUGCCGGAUCUCGGCACAACUGGGACACACACACACACACACACACCCCGCCCCCAAACUGGGGUGCACUGGCAGGAGGUGCCCACAAGCUGCACCCACAGCCACCCACUGACUCCAUCGCCUGACGCCGUUCACAACCCACCACCCGAUUGGAGGUUUCUUUCCCACCCCCCCUUUCCGAGCUGCCUAGAUAUCUAUUUUUCCUUCUGUUUUUUUUCUUUUUCUUCCCUCCUCUGGAGGGUGUUUGCUAUUUCCGAGCUGGCUGGGAGGAUCCCAGUCACAGGCAGCAGCGCAGCAGCAUCAGCGAUCGCCGUCACCGCGCUUCCACUGGCAUCUUCUGCCCUUCCAGCUCUGUUCAGCCCCACUGGGGUUACUUGCCUUGCUUUGCCUUGUCUUGCCUUGUCCUGCCACCCCACCGGCAACCCAGCAGCCCUCCAGCACGGCCAGGAGCUCAGCCCCUCCGGCCAUGGAACUGCUUUCGACACCCAAAAAUAUUGAGAUCAACAACAUCACCUGCGAUUCUUUCCGCAUCUCCUGGGCCAUGGAGAAGGGGGACCUGGAAAGGGUCACCCACUACUUCAUCGACCUCAACAAGAAGGAGAACAAGAACUCCAAUAAGUUCAAGCAUCGGGAUGUCCCCACCAAGCUGGUGGCCAAAGCGGUGCCGCUGCCCAUGACGGUGCGUGGCCACUGGUUCCUGAGUCCGCGCACCGAGUACAGCGUGGCGGUGCAGACGGCAGUAAAGCAAAGCGAUGGCGAAUACCUUGUGUCUGGCUGGAGUGAGACAGUGGAGUUUUGCACUGGUGACUAUGCCAAGGAGCACCUGGCCCAGCUGCAGGAGAAAGCCGAGCUGAUCGCCGGCCGCAUGCUCCGCUUCUCCGUCUUCUACCGCAACCAGCACAAGGACUAUUUCCAGCAUGUCAGGAUGCACUGCGGGAAUGUGAUGAAGCCCUCGCUGAAGGACAACAGCGGCAGCCACGGCUCGCCCACCAGUGGAAUGCUGCACGGCAUCUUCUUCAGCUGCAACACUGAAUUCAACACCGGGCAGCCCCCUCAGGACUCGCCCUAUGGCCGUUAUCGCUUCCAAAUCCCAGCUCAACGUCUCUUCAACCCCAACACCAACCUCUACUUCGCGGACUUCUACUGCAUGUACACCGCCUACCACUAUGUCGUCCUGGUCCUGGCCCCUAAGGGUUCGUCGGGGGAUCUCUUCUGCCGAGAGCGUCUACCCCAACUGGACAUUUCCUCCAACAAGUUCCUGACGUGCUGCGUGGAGGACGGCGAGCUGGUGUACCGCCACGCCCAGGACAGCAUCCUGGAGGUCAUAUACACCGAGCCGGUAGACCUCAGCCUCGGCGUGCUGGGGGAGAUCAGUGGGCACCAGUUGAUGAGCCUCUCCACUGCCAACGCCAAAAAGGACCCCAGCUGCAAGACGUGCAACAUCAGUGUGGGGCGUUAAGGGUGGGAGGCGGGCAGGGCCGGGGAGGGAGAUGGGUACCUGCCACCAGGGCUUCUCCCAUGGACGCUGCUGGGAUGGGUGCGGGGGACCCAGCUGGUGUAAAUAGCGGCAUUGCCCGUGACCCUGCCCGCUCGGGGAAGGAGCCGGUGUGAUGCUUGCCCUGCAUGGAGGCUGAGCCUGCGCUGCCCUGUGCCCUGAAGGAGGAAGCCUUCAUCUCCUGGACUGGCUGACCAGCAUCAUCCUCGCUGGCAUGAGCCCCAUGCUCUGCCCUCUGCCGUGCAGCCGCUGCGGGACCCCUUUCCCUCUGGCAUUCCCUGCAUCCUCCUGGUUCCUCCUGCUGGCAUCUCAAUUCCUAGGGUCCCCCGGCUCUACUGGGGCUCCCUGGCCACCUCAGGGGGGUUCGAUGGAGAGGCUGGAAACAUCCCUUGUUCAAAACCACUCCUGGGCAUGGAGGGAUGCUCAGGCAGGGAACCCCCCACCUCCCACCAGCGCCACUUCGCGUGUCCGCAGUGCCCGUGUCGUGCAGCGCUGUGCCGUGUUCGCUCUUCGCUCUAUCCGUCGCUGUGCCACCCCAAUCCCCGGCCCUGCGGCCCUAGGAGGCAGCCGGAGAAGCUGGUGUGGGGGAAGAAUAUAGCCAAACCCUUUCUCCCACCCCAUCUUCCUCCCUUCGGCCGCCCCCCAGCAUGAGCCGUUGGCAGCAUGGUGCUUGCGUGCGGCCCCCAGGUGCUGCCCGCUCCCCAUCUCUGCAUACCCGAUGCACGCUGUAAUGGUAGAAGAGAUCCACCUCCCCAUCCCCCCGAGCAUCCCUGUGUUGUGCUGGCACUGUAUCAAUAAA